UUUUGUGUUAUAAGAAAUAACAGGAUUGUCAAAUAUAAAGAAAAUUGAUUAAGACGGACUGGUCAGACUGAAAAUGUCUUCCCCAAUCCAUGUUCAUGUGCAAGACAACACACCCCUGCAUGUGCAUGUGAAGAAACCAAAGAAAGGAGAAAUUUCAAAACAAAGCACACUUCAUUUAAAAAGUGGAAAUGAUCGUCACAGUGUUCGACCUGGCCCGAGAGGUCGAAGGAAAGACAUUAGUGGGCCUUGGGUUCCUGCUCCUGGGAAAACAAGUACUAGGGAUAAAGUGAACAAGAAUUAUAAAUGGGAGUCCGGAGGUUCCCAGCUUGAAGUAAAUCAACCUCGACUUGAUUUAAAGAUCCACCCCAGUGAUUCUGCUCCUCUGAGAGCAAGCGAUCUAUCCACAGAAGAAGACAAUCGUUUGCGACAACAUCUAUCCGAAUAUGAGCAGAAGAUUGACAACCUAAUGGCUGAAGUAGGAACACUAAAAAAUGAGGCUGAAAUGAAGAAAAUUGAGCAAGAAUUGGAGGAGAAAGAAGAACAAUUAGAAGCUUCACAUGCUGCACUUGAAACAAGAGAGAAAGCUUUACAAUAUAUGGCAAAGGAAUGUGAAGAAACAGAAAAGGAAAAUUUAAGACUUCGUAAAAGCGUGGACAAACUGAAUGACAGUUUACACAAACCAGAUGAAGUUCCAACAAAACAAGAUCUGUUGCUUCGUAAACUGGUAGAAGUUGAAGUGAUUGGUGUGGAAGCUGCAAAGCAAGUUGCUGCAUUACGUGAUGUGGUUAAUAGACUUAAAUAUGAAAAGAGGUUGUCUCAUUCUGAGGUGAACUUGGUUGCCAAACACAGAGAACUUUUGUUACAGAAAUUUGAUGAAUUUGAAGCCAGUAAUCGAGCUACAAGGAGAUUGUUACAAACAGAACACAAGACUUUAUCGGAUGUUCAAAGAUUGGAGGAGCAGCGUGACAUCCUAAUGCGGAAGAUGGCGGACACAGAUUCUGAGAUUCUACAUCUGCGAUCCGAAGUCAUCCAAAAGAAAACAGAUGCAGAACAACUGGAGGCUCAGGUACACGAAGAGAAGAACCACGCUCGUACAUUAAACGAGUUGAACAAAUCGGUCGACGCAACUCGUGCCCAUCUACAACGUGAACUUCGUGCAAAGGAAAUGGAGAAUAAUCGACUUCAUGUUCAACUUAAAAGUAUAGAGCGGGACACGGAUGCAAUUCGCCAUGAAGCGCAAGAGAUGACUGGUGCCGCUCGACAGGAACGUGAGGCAGUUACUCGUGAGAAGGAGGUAUUGAAGAAAGCAACUCGGGCCCAGAAAAGUCGAGCUGAUAAAGCGGAAGAAGCUUUAAAGAUUACAGAGUCACGUUUGGAUGAUCGGGAGCGAAAGUUGGAUGAAGCAAGAUCACAAGCUGAUGCAUGGAGAGAGAGAUACCAGAGAGCUAAUGAAGAGAAGAUUGUGUUGGACGAUCAUGUUAAUUCACUAUCAAAGAAAAAUAAUGAUCUUGAAUCAACUAUUCGCACGAAUGAGAUAUUAUCCAAGAGUAAAGGGGAUGAUAUGAGACAACGUAUUGAACAAUUGACUUCUGAAAACCAUACAUACCGAUCCAAUGCUGAAAGAAGCAAGAAUGAAAUGAUGGUGGCUGAGGAAAGAGCAAGGAUCGCUCAGAAAGAGGUUGCAGGGCUAAAAGCAGAUGCAAGGCAGCAAGAUUCUGUCAUUGCUGACCUGAGAGGUCAACUUCGGAAAGCAAAAAAUGAAGCAGAGGAGGCACUCCUCACAGCAGAGAGAGUGGAGCGCAACUCACGUAGGAUGCGUGAAGAUGGUAGCAGUGAGAUUGAAAGGGUAAAGGAACAAAUGUUAGACAGGAUGAAAGAUCUUCAACCUCUUCCUGAGUUACUUAAGGAAACUGAGAUGAAGUUGCAAGAUACUCAAGAGAAACUUCAUGUCUUUGAACAAAGAUCAGCAGAUCAAACAAAAGUCAUUGCAGAUAUGACCAACAAGGCUGAAGAUUAUUUAAAUGAAACAGCGAUGCUUCGUCAACGGAUCGCUGCUCUUUCCGAUGAAAAUCGUGCCCUGGAAGCUCGAAUGGAUAUUAUGCAUGUGAAGUUAGACGAUCGUGAUACAAGGGUGAAAGAAAGUGUCAUGGAUACCGUGAAUAAAGAUGAACGUAUUCAAAUUUUACAGCUUAAAGUGGAGGAGCUGACACAUGAAAGAAACAGCUUGAAGCGACAGUUAGAAGCUGCUGUUGCCGACCAUAGAAAAACAGUGACUGCACAGUCAGAAAAGGCAACAAUUCGAGACCAAGCUGCUCAGUCUCGUAUCGUUGAUCUUGAAACGCAAAUAACACGAUUGAAAACCGAUGUUGCUUCGGUGAAACGACAGAAAGAAGAUGCGGAUCGGCGCAACCAGAGUAAACUGCAGGACAUUCGAGAUCGAUUAGAACAAUCAGAAUCAACCAACAGAUCAAUGAGAAAUUACGUUAACUUCCUUAAAACUUCGUACAACAAUGUGUUUGGGGGCGAUACGUCUCUUACAUUAACCCCUGUCCGUGUCCGACCUGGUGCUUCAUCUCAUUCACCCUUAUGAUUUCAACAGUGGUUUAGUUGUAGCGUGCAUAUGCAACACCUGAUGUUUUUAAGUUACUGAGGUUUAUGGAGUGCCAGGAUUUAAUAUUUUUAAACUGUAAAAAUGGCAAGAAAACCUUAAAAUAUUGCAAUAUCUCUAGUAGACACAACACGGCACAAUUUUGUAUUAUGUUAGCAGUAGUCCCACUAGUUUAAUUUAUGAUAUACAUCACUAGUAAUAUCCUUUAUACACAUCACAUUAUCUUCAUGAUUUAGAUUUUUUAAAAUCCAAUGACUAUUGUAAUGUAACAAUGCAGUGUGGAAAUAUGCACAGCUAUAUUUUAACACAAGCUCGCUUUGAUUUUUAUAUAACUUGAAACAUUCUGGCUUUUAUACGGACAAGUGUUAAUAUGGCAUAGAUGCAUUUUUAUGCAAAAUAGCUUUGUAUUUCAAAAUAUAAAAAUAAAUUUUAUAUAAAAGUUA